AUGUCCGACUUUCAGAGCCGACCAUCAGCCUCUCGGGGCAGAGUAUCCGCCCGCGGUGGUCGCGGCGGGUUCAGCUCCAGAGGUGGCCGUGGUGGAAGCAGCAGAUCUGCAAAUGACAGCUCAGACCUCCCGUCAUUUGAGGAGGGUGAAAUCGGACAGAUGAAGAAGAAAUACUCGGACAUUUUGCCUACUCUCAAGGAGUUGUUCCCUGGAUGGAAGGAUGAAGACCUGGUUUUCGCACUGGAGGAUUCGAACGGCGAGCUCGAGGAAGCAAUUGAGCGCAUUACCGAAGGUCGAGUCCCCUCCUCCCCAUCCCUUCUCCAGAGCAAUGUAUCGCAGUGGGGAGAAGUCAAGAAGAAGACCACAGACCGGACUCGCCCAAAGGCCAAAGAGGUCCAGAGUAUCCCGACCGAGACGACUGCAUCCUCUGUGCGUGGCGGCCGCGGUCGCGGUGGAUUUGAGGGUCGUGGACGUGCCCGCGGAGACCGGGGUCGUGGCGGUCGCGGCGGUCGAGCAGGAGCCCAUACAAAUGGAACCCGUCCGGCGCCGAGUGCUGCUGCAGAGCCCCCCGUACCUGCUGCGGCCACCGAACCGGUCGCAACGAAGGCAGCAGUAGAGGCCGAUGGAGAGACUACAACUGGAGGAACUUCAGAGUCGAUUGAGCCCAAGAGCAGUGUGAUUCCCGAGGGCACAAAGAAGGGCUGGGCCAGUCUCUUUGCCAAACCCGCCCCGCCUCCGCCGCAGAAGAAGCCUCCCCCAACCGCCCCUGAAAAGUCUAUCGAGCCCUCCGUGGAACAGAAGAAGGCCCCCGAGCCUGUACCUGUGCCUGUUGCCUCGCAGAAGACCCCCGUCGCCAAACCCACCGAACCCGUUGUUCCCGCUGUUCCCACAACGAGCGUGAACCCUCCCAAGGAUGAUCUGACAGAAACGAACCUCGAACAAAUUCCCGACGUAUCUGCUCCCGCCCCCACUGCGACCGCUGCCAGCACGAUGGGCAGCAACUUUGAUGCCUCGGCUGCGGCAGGUGCAACUCCCUCGCGUGUGUCUUCGGCCGCGUACCCCUCCAGCGCUUUCAAGCAGGGUGGUCGCGCACCUGGUUUCCAGCGCCGUGUGAUGGAGCAGCAGCAAGCUGUGGUCAUGCCUGGGAACCAUGCUGUGGACCGGGCUGCUGUGCAGUUUGGUAGCAUGGGAUUGAACGGUGACGCCGUCGACAUCGACGACAAUCGCGAGGAAGCCGAAACCCGUGCUCAGCCUCCCCAACACUCCCCUGUCGCUCCCCGUGCCUCUCUUCCUCCUUCCACUCAGGUCCCGAUCGAGACCGCUACGGCUUCGCGCCCGGCCCCCGGCCUGCCUCCGGUUCCCCAGGUUUCGGCCGGCGAGUCCUCUUUCACCGAUUUCGCCCGCUAUCCCGAGCCCCAGAAACCCUUCGAUCCUUUCACCCAGCAAGUGAGCCAGCCUCAGCCGCAGAUCCAGGAGCCGUUUGCCAACCAGGCGCCCGCUCAGCCCACGGCCACCACGGGUAGCGAGUUCUCGCCUUUCUACGCUGUUGACCAGCAGCGUUUCCCUUACAACUACUAUGGUAGCUACGGACAGUCCCAGGACGCCACCGCUCCCCGCGCUGCUGCCGGAUUCGGGGUUUCGGGUGCUGAGGCCCAACCUCACGUUCCCACCACGCAGCCCCCUAGCCGCUACGGCCCUGCUGAUGCCACAAACAGUGGCCACAACACCCCGAACCCGACCGUGCCCGGUGCCACCCAAACCCCGACUGCCCAGCACAUGCCGGGUCAGAACACGCACGGCUACGGCUACGGCUACCCUUACUACUCCAACCCCCAGUAUGCUUCUUACAUGAACCAAAUGAACCACCAGUAUGGUCGCAGUCGUCCGGUGUACGAUGACGUUCGUCGGUACGAUGACCACUACGGCAUGCCCCACAGCACGCAGUAUGGCUAUGGUAGCCAGUAUGGCCCCUACGCCGGCAAGGGCGGCAUGUAUGGUCAGCCCCACUCCUUCUCGUAUGAGCACUCUUCGUCUCCUGCGAAUGCCGGCAGCUUCAACCAGAACAUGCCUGGUCGCGACUCGGUCUACGGCCGUGCUGGCUCCGCCCAGCCCUCGGACAGCCAACAGUCCGCGGCAGGUGCCAAUGCCUUUGGCGCGGGCAUGUCGGACGUCUUCGGACGCUCCCAGGCUGGCUUCGGUCAGAACCAGCCCAUCGCUCAGCAGCCUCCCGUGACCACGGAGGAGACCAAGGGUUUCGAGGCCCCCAAGGCUGGCGGACCUAGCCCGUCCCUCGCCCAGGCGAACCGUCCCGGCUCGGCGACCAACAGCGUCCCUGGCCAGCCUCAGGCUCAGACCGGUCUUCCCCCUCUGCAGGGCCAGCAGGGCCAGCAGGCUUUCGGUGGCUACCCCCACCUGAACCCCCAGUACGGCGGUCUGGGUGGGCUUGGAGGCCACCAGGGUGCGGCUACCCAGUCUCACCAGGCUUCGGGCUACGGGAACUACGGCGCAGGAUUCGGGAACUACUACGGGAACAGCGGCCGCGGUGGCUGGGGUGGCAACUACGGCCACUAA